AACUGUUUGAACGAACCGAUUCUCUUUUAUGAGUCAGACUCACGUCUCUCACGUAAAAGGUCAAAGGCAGCAUGGGAAAUGUUGUUCACGUGUUCAAAUGUAGUCAAGAUGCAUAAAAAUCGUUAAACACAGGCGCCAAGGACAACCUUCAUUGUAAACAAGUUGCAGUGUGAGUGUUGCAGCUCGAGAAAUAAUUUUAAUAUCAACAGACAAAUCUACAAAAAAGACUGGAAUGAAAAGGAUACACAUCGACAAAAAUGCAACCAAUGCAGUGGAGGCCUAUUUAGAAUACAAAAGGAUUGUUGGGGAAGAUGACGGAGGGAGGCUGUUUUCAGAGGAAGAGUACAAGAAAUACAAAGAGACAGUGGUGCCAAGAAGAAUGCAAAACCGUCUGUAUGUUAGUUUUGGGGUCCCGGGACACAUAGACUGCAAACUGAUUGGACCAGAGACACCUUGCUUCUGUACACACGGGUAUAAACAACAUUGCACAGACUUUGAGGAGCUGCCAAAGGAAAGGCCUAUACUCUUGCCUUGUAGGGUCAAAGGUUGUCAGUGUGUGUCCUAUGAAUACGUUCAUAUCAGCGGCUCUAAACCAGUACGCUGUCAAUGCAAACACACAACCAGUGAACACAGUGAAGCUGUAGCCCAUCAGUGCAAAAAAUGCACUCACUGCACUGGCUAUCGGAGUCCAUUCACCUGCGGAUGUGGUCAGCCUGGAUAUGCCCAUGUGACGCUGGUUGAAACCACGGAAGAGCGCAUGGCACGGGGGCGUCCGGUGGGAAGAGCUGUUCCGUAUGCGGCUAUGGGAGGUUUAACUGGGUUCAGCUCACUGGUGGACGGCUACCUGAGACUGGAUCCAAGUGGCGUAGGCAAUACAUGUAAACAGCACACAGAAUAGGCUAUGUGUCACCUGACAGUGGUGCCACAACAAACAGAAUGUUAGCAUUAGCUUAGCACACACCUUUAGAUUCAACAUUAUGCUUGUUUAAUUAUCUUACAUUUUAUGCUUUCUGUUUUGCCUGAGAAAGAAUUCUUAAUAUUUGUCUGGUGGUCCAUUGCUUAAUUACAGUAAUUUUUUUUUUUACAGUGUGUAUUUUUUAAUCAUAACAUUAAUAUAAAUGUAUUUAUGGUAGAUGCAUACUGUAUUAUACAGUAUAAUAAUAUUAACAUUAAUAAAAUUACUAAAUAAAUAGAAAUAACCUCAUACUGAUAUUAAGAUUAAUAAUUGAUUGAAAAUAAGCAGACCUAAUUAAGACACAUUAAAAAUACAUAAAAUCAAGAUUUUUUUUUCCGUUUUUAUUAAGUAAUAAUAAUUUCAUUGAAUUAAUUCUCAGUGCUUCAUAAAUACAUUUUUUAUUAAUAACUGUAAUAAUUGAAUACAUUUAAUUAUCAUUUUAUUUACUUUUUUAUUUAGUAUUAAGAAUUUCGUUGAGUUAAUUGUCAAUGCUUCAUGCCCCAUACAAAAUAUUUAAACAAAAAUACAUAUUUAUUAAAAAUACUCAUGUCAUUCAGGUAUCUGACAGAAUAAAGAUUUUGGGUUAAAAUGUAUAUCAAUAUAAAAGGAAUUUAAAAGGUACAUAUUAUGCCUGUAACUUUUUACCAUUUCUUUUUAUUAACCGUUUUUAUUGGACAAUUUUUAAUUAUCCUUUUUAAAUUUCGCUUACAGCAUAAAAUUAUAUAUGUUUAAAUUGGUAAAAUUACUGAUAUAGUUUCCAGUUUUGACCAGCAGAGGUCAGUAGUGAUACACAUGCCUCUGCUUCACUUCACCAGCAUUGACUUGACUGUGUGUGAGAGAUGUGUCUUUGUUUUCAAUGAAUUGGCUUUAAAUUGCUCCUCUCUACUUGCUAAUGUUCAGAACAAUAAUAGCAAUUAAAGAACGUAAUUAAAAGAGUGUUUGUGCUCUAUCUAUGAGACACAGAGGGCUGCGUGCUCUGUGAACUCCGCAGGCUCUGUGGCUCACAUUCAAUCGCUUUCUGUUCGAGAAGCAGAAAGAAAGAAGAAACAAUUUCACCCCUAAUCAUUGGUACAGUUCCACUAGAAUGCUUUGCUGCAUGUGCUGGGCAAGACUAGCUCUGUCUUCCACUGUGCGUGUGUGUGUGUGUGUUUUGAAUCUCAGAAUAUGUUUGAAUGUGCUGCUCUGUUUUUGUAUUUGUGAAUGUUUCAUGACUCAUCCUAAGCUCCUCAAGAUUCCAUUAGAUCGGAUUCGUUACGACUUCCUCUUUAUAUGUUCAUACACUCUUCCUCUGUUCUGAUAUGCAUCUCCACUCAAUUGCUCUCGAGAACAUCUGUCUGUCUCAUGAAAUGCGCAAAAGCGAGUGUGUGUGACCUGUGAGACUUGCCUUUGGUGA